UUAAUUUCUACUCUUUCCAUCUUUGAUCAUCUUUCCUCUAAACCACCUGCUGUCCACUUAAUUUCUCCAGUUAAUCAGAAAGUAGCAUGUGGUGCCAUGGUUAACCUGAAUCAAGCCUCUUCGCUGGAAGACUCCCGUAACAACUGGCAGUCAGCAACCAGGUUUUCUAAGCAAGAUUCAUCUCUCUACUUUCAGUCUGCUUCCCGUAGUUCACCUCCCUCCAUGUCUAAAAUAUCCUCUUCUGCAUCAAACAGUUGUUACUCCACUCCUCGACUGUAUGAUAACCUGCAAACACCAAGUGCCUAUACCUCUGGCUGUGUUUGCAAAAUGGGAAACUUCAUCACAUCCUCUGUUCCAGGAAGGAGCCCAAGUCUUUCCCCCAAUCCUCCAUGUUCAGUUGAAAUUCAAGGAUCUUCAGUUCAGUCCUCAUCCCCUAGUUCUUCCAAAAUAUUGAAUGCUUUAUCUCCUGUCCCUGUACAUAUAAUAACACAUUCAUUAUCUCCUAGCCCUAAACCUUUGUCUCCACCCUCCCUUUAUGGCUCCUCUUCAACCAUAGGUAGUAUAAAUGAGCCUUGCACAAUGUCAUCCAGAGGAAAUUUAGCAAAGUCAGGAGUCAGAUCCCCUCUGCCAACCAGACUGACCCUCUUAACUGCUAUUUUGAGAUCAGGUUCUUCUCAGCGGAGACCACUUUCUCCUGCUUCUUGUCCCACAUUUUCUCCUAGCUCCCUUGGUUCUUCAACACUCGCAAUAGAUCAAAAGUCCAAAUCAUCUCCCCCAACCCUGAGGAAAUCUGUUUCAAGCCCUCCUAUAAGGCCAGGUUCUCCCAGUAGAGAGGAAUAUUGGCUUCCAGGACGGGCUCAGCAUCUGCCUCUACCCUCCAAGCUUUAUCCCACCCCUCGGGCGAGGUCUCUUUCUCCUAAAAAGCACCAUCCAGUCAAAACGCUUUCUCCAGACUCCCGAAGUCCUCUGUCAUCCCCUGUCUCCUCUCAUAGAAAAUCAGUUACCUCUCCAGGCUUGCAACCUAUGCUGCUUCCUCCUUGUGCCCCAGCACCCUCUUCACUUGCACACCCGACCUCCCCUUCCCCAGAAGGGCUGCGGUAUGUUCUCUCCAGGUCCCAGGCACCUCAGAAGUCUCAGAGAGUGCACACUUACGCACCCAUCUUUACCUGUCGGUCAUAUCCUUUGCUUUCUUCUACUAGUCUUAGUGGCGUAUUCUCCCCCACCCUAGAAAAACACUCAUCUCCUUCCCCAAGUCUUUCACAUUCAGCUUCUAGGUCGAAAUCAGAUUCAUCCCAAAUGUCUGUUCAGGAGAUGAGUGCCUCCUCUCCUACCUCUUCAAGUGUCUCAAAGCAGUGCUCUUUCUCACGGCCUCAUUCUACUCCACCGAUUCCACAAACUAGCAAUAUUUAUUCCCAACCACUGCAGCUUAAUUCUUCAUUGGUGCACAUAAAUUAUAGGUCUAAUUCCUCCUCUCCAAGACCUGAGCAAUCUGCCACCUCACCGGUGUUAAAGUGCAGAUCUCCUGUCUCAGACAAGUCACCAGGCACACUGCCAUCAAGACCCAGAGAGCUGACUUCACCACAGUCUUUUGCCCUGCCUCCUGACCAUGAAAACAUCAAACCCAAGCAAUACAAGAUCAAGACAAGCUACAAGGCAUUUGCAGCAAUCCCUACAAACACAUUACUUAUGGAACAGAAGGCAUUAGAAGAGCCAAUCAAGGCCACUGGUGUGACUGAAGGUACUGCUUUGGACACCCAUUCAGAGAUGUGUUCCCCUGCCCAGCUGAGACAACAAACAGAAGAUCUGUGUGCUGUCAUUGAUCAAGUCCUGCAGGACCCAUUGACUAUGCGCCGAUGUGAGUCUUCUCCAAGUUUUCUGCAGAUGAGCAUGGAGUCAGAUGUUGGCAAG